AUGUAUAUAUAAAUACCCUAAUGUUACACCCACCAUAAAUUAAUCUUGUUGCUUUAAAGUAAGCCAAAGAGAAACCAAGCCAGUUUUGUUGUUAAAUAAUCCUGAGUGGUUGAAAAUGGGGAAUAGUUUGGGUGGGAAAAGGAGUAGCAAAGUGAUGAAGAUAAAUGGGGAAACAUUCAAGUUGAAGACACCAGUGACAGCUGAAGAGGUUGUUAAGGAUUAUCCAGGACAUGUUUUGUUAGAAUCAGAGGCGGUUAAACGUUAUGGUAUUGGAGCAAAAGCAUUGUUUCCAUUUCAGAAACUGGAACCCAACAGGCUUUAUUUCUUGGUAGAGUUGCCUGAGGAAAGGGUUCCAAGGAGGGUUCGAUCGGGUUUAAACAUGAGUGCUAAAGACAGGCUGGAGAGCCUGAGGUUGUCGAGGAGAUCUGUGUCGGACCUCUCACUCCUCAAACACAAAAGUGAAGGGUCUAAAUGUGGAGCAGUGAGGGUUAAGAUGAGGAUUCCCAAGGCGGAAGUGGAGAGGUUGAUGAAAGAAGGCGAAAACGAGGCCGACGCUGCUCACAAAAUCAUGCAGCUUUGCACGGUGAAACCACAGCUACUGCAUUGGAAAGGUGACCAAGGAAGCGCCGUCGCACAAGGUUUCAAGGGCAGACAGAGAAGGGUGAGUUUCGUGCCAAUCAAUGAAGGAGGGAGCUGCCAAAUCCCGGUAACGUCAUAGCAACCCCAGAUGUGAGAAAUUACGUAUAUUCUAAAUAAAUAAACAAAUCAGAGCAAUGGAAGAUAGGGGUUCAUUCACAUAUUCAA